AUGCAACCACCUGUUUUUAACAGAAAUGACAUAAGAGAACUAUCGGCUUUUCUUGGACUGCGCUAUGUGUUACAAACACGUGAACAGACAAAGGACAAACCAGAGGAUAAUGAGGGGAUCACUGAACCCAAGAGGAUCGUUGAGCGGGUCCCUGCAACAGAGGAGGCACCCGCUUCGCCUGCAAACUUAGGUGAUGUCCUGGUCGACGUGAUUCAAAACCUAGAUGAUGACGAGGUCUACGAAGGGAUGCAGCGUGCCAACUCAUCGAAAUGGCUGACAAGUUUCUCCGAGGAAGAUUUAAUGAGGGAACUACAGAAGGAGGACGACGACGACAAUCAACAAACGCGUGUGUUAUCUGAAUUCUCCGAGGAAGUCUUAACGAGGGAAGUAGACCUGGCGGGCGACGACGACAAUCAACAAACCCACACUGAGGACAGAGAUGGUAGAGGUUAUGAAAUGCCAGAAUUUGCCAGCUUGAAGAUCGGAGGACCAGCAGUGACUCCAUCAGUGCACAAGAAAUUGCGCGUGAAAAUUGUGGAGGAAAUCUGCCAGGCAAUGAAACGCUGUACACUGUGA